AUGGCUUUUGAACAACAAUAUUUUAUAUGCUUUCUGCUUGUCCUACUACAGCUUCCCUUUUUCACCAUUGCUCAAAGUUACAAAAACAUAUCUUUUAGCUCAUCCCUUACUGCACAGGAGGACAGUGACCCUCAUUGGGCCUCCCCGUCUGGGGAGUUCGCGUUCGGCUUCAGAAAAAUUGGCAAUGCUGGCUUCUUACUAGCCAUCUGGUUUGAAAAUAUACAAGAAAAGACUAUAGUCUGGUCAGCCAAUCGCAAUAAUCCAGUGCAAGAAGGAUCGAGCGUUGAAUUCUCUGCAGAAGGCAAGCUUACUCUCACUGAUAUUGGAACAGGCAAACCAACAAACAUUGCUGAUGGUCAGUCUACAUAUACUGGAGUCGCCUAUGCUGCCAUGCUGGACAAGGGAAUUUUCGUUCUGGCAACCCGAAAUUCAACCUAUUUGUGGCAGAGUUUUGAUCAUCCAACCGAUACCAUCCUUCCCACACAGACCCUGAAUCUAAACAGCAGUCUCUUUGCGCAACUUACAGCAACAAAUUACUCAGAAGGAAUAUUCAAGUUUGUUCUAGAUUCUGACGGAAAUCUUAUGCUUUAUACAGUGAAUUAUCCAUUGAAGAGUAAUAAUUUUAUCUACUGGCCAAUUCAAACUGGCGGUGGAUUUCAGGUCUCUGUAGAAAAAGUUCAGACACAAGACAACUACCAGAGAGCAACUCUUGACUAUGAUGGAGUUUUGAGGCACUAUAUCCACCAGAAAAGCACUGAUUCUUGGUCCACUUUUACCUUCACACCUCCAAAUAUUUGCACAGCAAUUGUGGAAUAUACAGGUGGUGGUGCAUGUGGGUUUAACAGUUUAUGUAUACAUGAUGAGGAUGCAGCUCAUACUAAAUGCUUAUGCCCUCUGAGUUACAUCCCCGUUGACCGAGAUGAUGAGAGGAAGGGUUGCAAGCAAAACUUUGUUCCCCAAAGUUGUGAUAAAGCCUCAUCAGAAACAGACCUCUUUGAAUUUCAAGAGCUUCCUUUCACUGAUUGGCCUGGUGGAGAUUAUGAGCAUUUCCAGCCAGUUAAUAAGGAACAGUGCAAGCAAAGUUGCUUAGCCGAUUGUUUCUGUGCCAUUGCCAUUUUCAAUGAAGGAAGUGGUGAUUGUUGGAAGAAGCGAAUACCUCUUUCAAAUGGGAAGAUCAACGACGAUGUUAAGGGGUUAGCUCUGAUAGAAGGUGCUGGUGCUGGAGUCGACGCUGCAAAUUGGAGGUAUGGGAUGCUGGGCAGCGGCGGGGGCGUGCUGCAGUGGGCUGCAGGCUUGUGUGCAGCGCGGAGGUGCAGGGUGAGCGGCAGGAGACGGUGGCUGGAGCUGCAAGGCGGGUUGGAGGGAGGCGAGGCCGAGUGUGCUCGGGCUGGUGCAGUGAAUCCACUUAAUCCUGUGGUUCAAGGCAUGAAUCUGAAAUGUUUCACUUUCAUGGAGCUAAAAGAAGCCACCAACGGAUUCGAGGAAGAGCUAGGUCGUGGUGCUUUUGCAACUGUUUUCAAAGGAGUUUUAGCAUCUGAUAACGGGAAGUUCAUUGCUGUCAAAAGAUUGAACACUGUGGUCAAAGAAAAUGAUUUGGAAUUCAAAGCUGAAGUGAGCGCAAUUGGCGGAACAAAUCACAGAAAUUUAGUCCAACUACUCGGAUUUUGUAAUGAGGGGCAACACCAGCUUCUUGUGUAUGAGUACAUGAGCAAUGGCUCUCUAGCAAGCUUCCUCUUCGGAGAGUCAAGACCAAACUGGAAUACAAGAAAAAAAAUUGCCUUAGGAACUGCAGGAGGGCUCUUGUAUUUGCAUGAGGAGUGCAGCAGCCAAAUCAUACAUUGUGACAUUAAGCCUCAAAACAUUCUUCUGGACUAUUCUUUCACAGCAAGAAUAGCCGACUUUGGAGUAGCCAAGCUUUUGAAAUCUGACCAAACUCGAACAACUACUAGAAUCAGAGGCACAAAAGGUUAUGUCGCUCCUGAAUGGUUCAAAAGUUUGCCUGUCACAGUGAAGGUUGAUGUUUAUAGCUACGGCAUGGUGUUGUUGGAGAUUGUUUGCUGCAGGAAAAACUACGAACCAGAAGCACCAGCUGAAGAUCAAAUGAUAUUAGCCGAUUGGGCAUAUGAUUGCUAUAAGAAAAAGAAAGUGCAUCUGCUGUGGCAGAAUGUAGGCGAUGAUCAGGAAAUGGAUGGCAUCGAAAAGUUGGAGAAGUAUUUGAUGAUUGCAUUUUGGUGCAUUCAAGAGGAUCCAUCAGCAAGACCUACCAUAAAGAAAGUGACACGGAUGCUCGAAGGGACUGUUGAAGUCUCAGUGCCUCCAAAUCUGUCCUCAUUAUAUGUUCAAUACUUCAAUAUAAGUGAUCACAUUGAUCCAUUGAUUUCUGGAUAG